GUGGGGGGUGGAGGUUGUGGCUCAUAAACUAUAAAGUCCUGCUGGUAUGUUAUCCCAGGGGCCGACAUGUAUAUAAAAAGGGCUGCCAGGUGUUCUCACCUCAGUAGAACAUUUGGUUGUUCAAGGAUGUGGAUGCUCUUCUUUUUGAGUGCCUUGUUGGGGGCGUUGGGGUCACAGGAAAUGCCUUCUGGAGCAUCUCAGCAGCUUCAGGCCCUUCACUGCCCGCCCUGCGAGCAGAUACACUGCUCCUCCCGGCGGGCACUGAAGCUCCAGUGUAAAGGUGGUGUCACGACAGGUGUGUGUGGCUGCUGCCGCGUUUGUGCCAGAGCAGAGGGAGAGACCUGUGGAGGAACAUGGGACUAUCUGGGCAAGUGUGAUAAGGGACUGGUGUGUGUUUACCAGGACUCAGCAGCUGACAAACCAGACCCAGAGCGCAAAGGCAUCUGUAAAGCAGUAAUUGAAUCGUUGGAUCCAGAGAGCUGUCACCCAGAAUGCACCAGGGAAUACUGUCAGGCCAACCCCUCAGAAAUCUGCGCUGCCAGGUUAGUCUCUCUGGAGCAGAUAGCAUGUCAGGGCUCCUGCCAACACACCUCCUGUUCAAGCUGUCUGGUGCUGAAACCCCCAUCAUGCCCUCAAACCUGCACCCCAUCUGAUUCCUCCUGUCUACACCACUUUGGGAAGUGUGUGCACACUCACCUGACAGCCACUCAUAAUACUGUAUGCCACAACAACCUACAGAGUCAUCCUGAGGGGCAUUUUCUGUGUUUAGUCCCAGCCUGUCCAAACGCAACGAAGUAACUACCUUUUGUAAAAAGAAGAAAUCUUCACUGGUUCAUGUAGCAAAGUGCAAAAAGGCAGCUAUCUAUAAACUUUGUGUA